GCUGCCUCUAAGUGCAUUUCACAUUUUACCCUUAUCUUUCCCUUUUCACAAUUUUUCAUUUUCAAAGUUGAAACCUUUUUUUCUCUUUGCCUGAGAGAGAAAAUCAAGAAUCACAAAUUCAAUCUCAAAAAAAAAAAAAAAAAAACCUCUCAAAGGCUAUUUGCCUUUAAAUUACAAAAAAAUGGACCCAAAAAGCUAAUCUUUUUACUAAUCCCAGAUUUCCCCUUUCACAAAAAUUUCAAAAAAAAAAAAAAGAAAAAAGAAAAAGAGCAAAUGGGAGAAGAAAGCACAUCAAAGCCUGAUGAUAAUGCAACUAAUAAUUAUGAGUCACCAGUUAUAUUAAAUGUGUAUGAUCUUACACCUGCAAAUCAGUAUACUGUUUGGUUUGGCUUUGGAAUCUUUCAUUCUGGUAUUGAAGUCCAUGGCAUGGAAUACGGAUAUGGAGCGCAUGACUUUCCAAUAAGUGGCGUGUUUGAAGUGGAACCUAAGAGCUGUCCUGGUUUCAUCUACAGAUGUUCCGUUCCAUUGGGUCGUAUUAAAAUGCGUCCUUCUGAAUUUCAAGCAUUUCUUGAGAAUGUGGCUUCUGAAUAUCACGGGGACACCUAUCACCUCAUCUCCAAGAACUGUAACCACUUCACAGAUGACAUAGCACAAAGACUAACAGGGAAAGGGAUUCCUGGAUGGAUAAAUCGGCUUGCCAGGGUUGGUGCUUUCUGCAGUUGUCUUCUUCCUGAGAGCCUCCAAGUGACAACUGUUAAACAGCUUCCUGAGUACCAUCAUUGUACAGAAGAAGAUGGGAGUGGGUCAAUGUCAUCUACAACACUCCAUGAACCAACUGAAAGCGAUGACGGAGAUCAAGAUAAGCACUUGUUAUCGCCUCCUGUUGGAAGUCGUGAAGUGGCUUUUAUAAGGGAGGUCCAAAGGUGAAACAUGUUGACUGAAUGAGGCUGGAUUGAAGUACUUGCAGGGGGAUUCAAUAUGUAUUAUUGGUUUAUUAAAGGCUGUCGACUCGUCCAAUGCAGCCACUGCUCAAAUUGUCCAUUUGCUCUAUGAAUUACUAGUUCAUUGAUUUUCACGUCUCUUCCUUUGGUUAUUAAGCUUUCUUUAGUGUGCAAGAUGUAUUAGUCAAGUGACAGGAUUGUGAUCUGUUGAGCUACGCCUUUGUUAGAGGUCACAAAUAUCCAUGUAAACAUUCUGAGUUUGGAAGAUGCAACAGCCCAGUAUUUGUGAAAAA